UAAAUAUUGAUAACCAGCCACGUGACAUUUUCAAUCAACAUCAAAUCAAAAUAUAACCAAUAUUUUUUUGGGGAUAUUGGUCCAAAGUCUGGAAUAAUCAAUUUCUUUUAGAAAAAUGCUAAACUUUUUUCGAAAAAGGUCAGCUGAUAAGGAACUCGAGAAACCUAAAAUGUCAAACAAUAAUUGCCGCGAUAUUUCAGAAUUAAAAGAUAUAAUUUAUGAUUUAAUAAGAACAAUAAAGGAUCCUGAAAAACCAAGUACUUUGGAACAACUAGAGGUUGUGUAUGAAGACGGAGUUAUGGUUAAACACUCCAAAGCCAGAAAUCUAAAUAUUGUAAGAAUUGAAUUUAAUCCAACAAUACCACAUUGCUCUUUGGCAACACUAAUUGGAUUAUGCAUUAGGAUUAAAGUAGAAAGAAGUAUUCCUGAACCUAUUAAAUUGGAUAUUUAUAUAAAACAUGGUGCACAUACAACAGAGCAAGAAAUAAAUAAACAAAUAAAUGACAAAGAAAGAAUAGCAGCCGCAAUGGAAAAUCCCAAUUUAAAAGAAAUGGUAGAAAACUGUAUUGUAGAAGAAGACUGCUGAUAUUUUAAGUUUGACUUUACAUAUUUUAAAUAUUUAUAUUGUACAUAGUUUGUAUAGGCUCUAUGGUUUUUAAAAUUUUUAUCAAUAAAAAGUAUUCCGGUU